AUGAAGGACGAGGUGGCUCUUCUGGCCAUCGUCACCCUCCUGGGAGUCCUGUUGCAAGCCUACUUCUCCCUGCAGGUGAUCUCGGCGCGCAGGGCCUUCCGCGUGUCGCCGCCGCUCACCACCGGCCCGCCUGAGUUCGAGCGCGUCUACCGAGCCCAGUCUGGAAGUGGGACAGGGGCGCAUGCACUGGAACCCCAGGGAUCCCCGCGCCAGUGCGCUCACCUUGCCCCGCUCGACCCUUCCCCAGGUGUGGCGGCCCUAUGUGGCUUGGUCUACUUAUUCGAGCGCCUCCGCUACUUUAAGGGGUACUCGCGCUCGGCGCAGGAAAGGUUGGCUCCCCUGUACGCGAGCGCGUGCGCGCUCUGGCUGCUGGUGGCGAUGGCGGCGCUCGGCCUAGUCGUCCACUUCCUCCCGACCGAGUUGCGCGCCACGCUCUUGGGAUGGCUCGGGACACUGCUGCCCAAGGCCUGAGACCGAGGACGCCAGGUCGGCGGGGCUGAAGAGCCAGGGCCGCCUGGAGGACGGCGGAGGGUGCCUCGUUUCCUUUCCCAGACUCUAAUAAUAAAGUGCCGGUGGCCGGACUCCGAAUGCGCUUUCUGGGUCAAAUGGGGUCGCGCUCCGCGGGCUAUGGAACCUGGAGAGGCUCGGCCCCGGGCCUCAGCCGUCAGGUGGGCUUCUUGGGGGCGGCGGGGGCCGGGCCGAGGAAGGAAACGGCCUUUCCGCCGGGCAGGGGUUCGAUCCCGUCCCGGACCCAGUGCUCUCUUGCCCUGCUCCUAGCAACACGGCUGGUCUGCGGGCGGCUCUGCCCCGCCGAGGUUCAUCCCACGGCUCCUCUCUGAAGUCAGCGCUCUCCUUGCCUGUCCCCGCUCCUCUGAGGCCUGCCCCUCAGCCACCCUAUUCCUCAUCCCCGGGCCUUCAUAACCGAUACCAAGGGCCCUUUCUUAUCAGCACUGGGUCCCUGGAGUCUAGAAUUGUGUAGGCGUUCAGGGAACCUUGCCGGGGGGCUGUGGGGCCGUGAGGAUGAUGAGUGUGGUCAGUGGUUUUAUGACAGGCACAAGAAAACGUCCAGGUACUUUGGGCGCCCAGACCCAGGGAUGUUCUGCUGGCGGAACAGAACGUCCUUCAAGAGGUGACUUUUAGCCCAGAUGGCAGAGAGCUUUCCAAGCAGGGCAAUAGUGUGUGCAAAGGCCCUCGAGGUGAGCGCGAGGCCCUAAAAUGUGUCAGAGAAGGGCGGGAAUGGGGGGCCCUGGGGACCUGGACAAGGGCAAGGCUGAGACUCUCUAAAGAGGGGUAACGAAAAGAUGGGGGGAAUGCCUUCUGUUUGAGGGGCUCCCGCGCUAGCAGGUGGGGUUAUGAGAGGUAGGUGGUGCGAUUGGGGAAACCCCCGUAGAGAUGGGACAACUUUGGGCACCAGUACUCGGAUUCCGUGGUCUUCCCCACCCCCGCACGCUCGCAAGUGGGCAGACCCUUCAAGGUGGCCCAGGCCCACACCAGAUGGUCCUGGGAAAAUGGGCAGA